CAUCUUAGCAUCCAUUAAGGAGGACCAGUGGUUAGGUGUUUCUCUAAGAAGUCGGGGGAAAGGAGGGUCUGUAAUGACGUGUGCGCAUCGCUACAUUCAGAAAAGAGGAGAAAGUCAGUGGGGUUUUGGCAUCUGCCAUUCACUAACUCAGAACCUCCUGUACCGAAAGCAGUGGGACCCCUGUAAUGGACGUCCAGUGAACAAAGGACACGAGCAAUAUGGCUACUGUCAGGCCGGCACAAGUUUAGAUCUCAUGGACGAUAACAAUAUAGUUCUCGGAUCACCAGGUCCAUACACCUGGCGAGGAACUGUUUUUGUUAACAACCUUGGGGAAGGAAUACGAGAUGAUAGAAAAUGGUACAUUGGACCAUUGGAUGAGUCUCCAGUAGAUAAGUAUAGUUACCUAGGCAUGGCUGUGACUUCAGGAAAAUUCUUUGGAAAUCAGAAAAGUUUCGUGGCAGGGGCACCUCGUUCACAGGGCACGGGUCAAGUGGUCUUUUUUCGUAAGGAAAAAAAGGGUAUCACUGAUCUUACAGUAGAGCUGAUGUAUUCGGGAAAACAGAUUGCUUCAUCAUUUGGAUACUCUCUCACUGCUUUGGACAUAAAUCAUGAUGGAUAUGAUGACCUGGUUGUUGGUGCUCCAUUUUAUUUUAGUGACCAUGAAGGAGGAGCUAUUUAUGUGUAUUUGAGCUCUGAAACAGGAAUAGGUACAGACACAGUUCCUAACUAUUACACUGGAAAACCUGAGUCAAGGUUUGGUUUUGCAAUUGCCAGUGCUGGAGAUCUGAAUAGAGAUGAUUUCACUGAUUUAGCUGUUGGAGCACCGUACGAAGGAACAGGAGUAGUGUACAUCUACCUCGGAUCAAAGACAGGAUUGAACAAAGAGCCAUCUCAGAUAAUUCAAGCUUCAGACUUUCCUAAGCAAGUGUUGUCACGUACCAACCUUGCAACGUUUGGUUACUCUAUCUCAGGAACCUUAGAUCUUGAUGGGAAUGGCUACCCAGAUUUGUUGAUUGGAAACUAUGAGAGUGACACAGUGACUUUGUUAUG